CCCCCCUCGGGAUGGGCGGCGAGGCGGGGUCGCGGGCGGCCGUGGGGUGCGAGGGCCGCGUGAAGAGCCUGGGGCUGGUGUUCGAGGACGAGCGCAAGGGCUGCUACUCCAGCGGCGAGACGGUGGCCGGGCACGUGCUGCUGGAGGCCUGCGAGCCGGUGGCCCUGCGCGCGCUGCGCCUGGAGGCCCAAGGCCGGGCCACCGCCGCCGCCUCGCAGGUGGAGUACCUGAACGUGCGCCUGAGCCUGCGCGAGCCCGAGGCCGGCGAAGGCGUCGUUUUAUUACAGCCUGGAAAACAUGAAUUUCCUUUUCGCUUUCAACUUCCUUCUGAACCUUUGGUGACCUCAUUUACUGGGAAAUAUGGAAGUAUUCAAUACUGUGUGAGGGCAGUUUUAGAACGACCCAAGGUACCCGAUCAGAGUGUAAGACGGGAACUCCAGGUUGUUAGUCAUGUUGAUGUCAACACACCAGCAUUAUUGACUCCUGUAUUGAAAACUCAAGAAAAAAUGGUUGGCUGUUGGUUUUUCACGUCUGGUCCAGUCUCGCUGAGUGCCAAGAUUGAAAGAAAGGGCUACUGUAAUGGAGAAGCUAUACCUAUUUAUGCAGAAAUAGAAAACUGUUCAUCUAGGCUGAUUGUUCCCAAAGCGGCUAUUUUCCAAACCCAGACAUACUUGGCCAGCGGAAAAACAAAGACCUUCCGUCACAUGGUUGCUAACGUGCGAGGAAACCACAUUGCUUCCGGGAGCACCGACAUAUGGAAUGGGAAGACUUUAAAAAUUCCACCUGUCACUCCCUCCAUCCUGGAUUGUUGCAUUAUCAGAGUGGACUAUUCCUUAGCUGUAUACAUUCACAUUCCCGGUGCUAAAAAGCUGAUGCUCGAGCUGCCCUUAGUCAUUGGCACAAUUCCGUAUAAUGGUUUUGGCAGCAGAAACUCCAGCAUUGCCAGCCAGUUCAGCAUGGACAUGAGCUGGCUGACACUGACCCUGCCAGAGCAGCCUGAAGCACCCCCAAAUUACGCGGAUGUGGUGUCAGAGGAAGAAUUCUCCAGACACAUUCCUCCGUACCCUCAGCCCCCAGGCUGUGAAGGAGAAGCAUGCUACCCGAUGCUUGCCUGCAUCCAAGAGUUCCGAUUUCAGCCUCCACCUCUUUACUCAGAGGUUGAUCCACAUCCUAGCGACAUAGAGGAGACCCAGCCUGUUUCCUUCAUUCUCUGAAUGAACAUCCGGAAAUCACUGUGUUCAUCAUCAAACUGGAAUGUUGGUUCUUUCCCCGCUGCCUUUCUGGGGGAGAGUGUGGAAGGAUUAACUUAAGACCAUAAAUGAACAUCAAGACUGAAGACAAUAGAAAUUAAAGAUCGCUAGAACUUUCUAGUGGGCCAAGACAACGGCUGCACAAGUGUCUGUGAGGGCCGUCUGUCGCCGUUGGGAAUGGGAUGACACUGUGACUGGAGGAGGGGAAGCGGAAGUGCUGAUAGAGGUAGAGGAAGUGAGGGAGGCCGGCUGAUCGGCGAGGAGGGAUUCUGUGGAGUGGAGGCCAGAGCAAGGAAGCCUCUCAGAAGGCUUUGCAAAGAGAAGCAAAUGUGUUCGGAACUUAAGGCAAUGUGGAUUCAAUAGGCAGACUUGGUUUCGAGCGUGUAGCCGUGCAGACACGUGCCCGAAAGUGGCCUACCCUAAAUACUCAGUGAGAUCUUCAGGUUCCAGGGUCUUCAUGAUUUCCUGUCCUUCUACCAGAUCGAGGAUCAAGGUCCUGGCAACGUUCCCCUUCUUGAGAUCAUGGUCACAUAAGGUCCUAAACAGGUAAUACAGUUUCCACUCUUUCUGUAGUAGGUUCAAAUACACUUUUCUAAAUUGGCUAUCCAGUAUUAGGAAACUGGCAAAGGCUUCCUUGGAAAGCUUGCCACUUUAAAUGGGAAAGAUAAAUUGUAAUGUGGAAAUGUGUCUUGUUGAAAGCUGUACUUUUUGCAACCUCGAAGUACUUAAACAGGAUAUAUGUUCGUUUGUCCUCAUAUGUUAAUUUUCUAAGGGCACAAGAGAAAGAGGCGGGAAGAGAAGGUCACAUCUUUAGGAUGCCUUGAUAACCACACAGUCACAAAAAGGCAUUAUCUUAACCUACCUCUAGUGGGGUUAUCAGAUAGCUUUUCCAA